AUGCCGCACACUUACCUCGCAGGAGAGCGCAGGAGUCGUCGUUGCACCUGGUGGACGGUAGGCGCGUACGCUGUAGUGUUGCUCGCCAUCGGUUCUGGUGGGCUCCUUGUGGCCACUGCAGACCCUGUGCCUAAGUUGACGUCGAAGCAGGAGCAACGCAGCCUCAACAUGGCUAUCGGCCAUCACUCCUUCGCCCCACCACUGUUACGGCAGUACUAUGGCGAUGACGACAUCCCGCACUGGAGCAUCAUCGGCUCCUCCGUCAUCACGGACGACUACGUGCGGCUCACGGGUGACCAGAAGGGUCAGGUAGGUCAUCUGUGGAACACGGAACCGCUGGACAUGGAUGCCUUUGAGAUAGUCGUAGGAUUCCGGGUCCACCGGCCAGUUGGCGGCGACCGCGCGGACGGAUUCGGGGUGUGGGUGGCGCAGCCGCCUCGCUUUGACGGCGCCAUCUUUGGCCGCCCGCCUACGUUCAGCGGUUUUGGAAUUUUGUUCGACUCGUACGACAACGACAAACGCCGCGACAACCCGAUGGUGAGCCUUGUGUACAACGACGGCUCCAGCACAAAGCGCUUUGAUCCUGAUAAGGACUUCAUGGGCGACAGUGUGGCGAGCUGCGUUUUCGACUACCUCGACGUUUCCCCACCGGACAUGGCCACCAUGCGCAUGGUGUACUUGAAGGGCGAGCUUCAGCUGCACCUCUCCAAAAACAGCGAGGCCACAGAGACAGAGUGCUUAAGAGUCACUAAACUGCCGCUCCCGGCGGGCAAAGUGCACCUCUCCUUCUCCGCCCAGACCGGUGAUGUGUCGGGGAUCCACGACAUCUUGUUUGUGCAUCUCUCUCCCUUGAUGGAGGUGAAGUACGACCACGAUGUGCAGCAGACGAUGGUGCCGCCCAGUGAGAGGCACGACGCGCAACUUUACAACAACGACGCGAUGAACAACCGCCCAAUCCCAGAGGAGACACAACCGGCACCCCAGGAGACGCAGUCGGCACCCCAGGAGACGCAGUCGGCACCCCAGGAGACGCAGUCGGCACCCCAGGAGACGCAGCCGGCACCCCAGGAGACGCAGCCGGCACCCCAGGAGACGCAGCCGGCACCCCAGGAGACGCAGCCGUCUACGCAACCCUCCACCGACCCCGGCCUAAUGGAGCGACAGCGGAUCGAAGAGUUGGAGAGGAAGCUAGAGGAGCUCCAGCGCCGCAACGAGGGUGAUGAAGACGAGGACGAGUAUGAGGAUUACGACGAUGACGGUCACAACAAACGACGCCGCGUGCGACGCGUGCGCCGUGCACGCACGCCCCGUCGUAACCGUGAUCGGUACGAUGACUAG